CAAUCAGAUGUUGAACGUGGUAUAAAAUAUUAUAGACAAAACUUAUUGGCAUCUGGUAUUCAAUCCGAAGUGGAAAUCGUACCAAGUUUUGAAGUUGAUGACCCGGUAGUGGUUGAAUGGCGUGCUUUGACGGUUAUUUUAUUAGAUAAGAUUGCGGAGGAAGUAAGAAAUACGCUCGGAUUAUCAAAAGAACAACUUUCCUUGGCUCAG